CUCAGUGGUCUCACUGGGUCUUAUUUUGACAGAAUAUCUGACAAGUUGUAGUUGACCGUUGCGUUACAGGAACCUGAGUAUCCCUCUUGUUGUCCAUAACUUGGGGAUAAUGACCCCUAAGCGCAAGGCGGUGGACGGCGGCAGUACAGCCAAACGGCCAACCAGAAGCCGCAAGAACUGUUCUGCUGAUGUAGCGGAACCUAGUGACGCUGGCAAGUCCGGCUCCGCAAUGUCUACAAACUCCAGACCCAAGCGAAAUCCUAGGAGGGCCGUUAAAGAUCGAUGGGAAGAGCAAAAGCUGAUGACAAGCGCGGAAUCGCAGUUGAUAGACCUAGAUCUUGUGAAAUUACUCGCGAAACCCGAAUCAUGGAAUUUACUAGACGAGGAAGAGAAAAAGGAGAUCGUAUCCCUUCUUCCAGAUAACAUAAAGGCCCAGCUUGAACCUUCUCCUGACGACCCUGAUGCCAAAAUGCCCCCUAUCCCAGAAUCGUUUUUGCGUUACUCGAAUCCCUGGCGAGACAGCAUCCGCCAAUUUCAAUUAGAUCUACAGAAUGGUCGUUACGACCCCAAAUGGCUGCAGCAGGCCGAUGAGGCUAUGCGGGAGAGGAGCGCUGGUAAAUUUGACAAUUUCAAGGAAAUAGAGUUUGAAGAGUUUUGGGGCCAGAAGCAAAAAAUGGACACAACCAUUGCUGCGGGAGAAAGCUCUCAAGUGAAGUUGGAAACACUGAUUGAAAAUGGUCUUGUCCGUCCAGGCGACGUUUGGAAGCUGUCGCGUGCUUUCACCAUGGGCAAAGGUAGGCGGGAGAGAGUUUUUAUUGAGAAAGAAGGAAAGAUUUUGGAAAUAAAUGGGUCACGCCUUACAUUUCUUGUUCCGCCUGGUCAGCGCGUUUUUCUAUCCCAUCCACAGAGUAAAGCUGCUCCAGAAUCAACCUCCAUAAAUGAAUCGUCAGUCGGCGAAGAAACCCUCGCCAAACCAGAAGCUAGUGACACUAUUGAGACACCUGCGCAGCCACACCUGGAUACAGAUCAAAAGGAAAAGGCCGCAUCUUCCAAAAAGCGCAAAUCCAGCAAUGCACGUGGAGGGCCCAGGAAACAACAACAAGUAACGGAACAGGGAGAGAACGGUUCUGGAAAGCCGAUCCCAUCCCCUGAGAACAAUGAACAGACUCUCGGAAGCUCUGAGAACCCCCAAAAAUUUGCAGUGAAGAUUAACAAUCCUCAGCAGACCAUCGAAUCUCAAACUCAUUUGGUCGUGAUGGGUAGCAUGGCAGCACCUGCUGAAGAGGCAAAGAAUGGUGACCAAAUCCCCACAGACACUAUAGAAACUGUCUCCGGUACGGCCAAAAAGGGGCAUUCACAAUUGAACUCUCCGGCGGGCUCAACAAAGCAAUUUGAAGAGAUUAUACUCGAAAAUAUUAAUGGACCUCAUUCACUCGAGAUGAAAAUGAUAGCAAUCGAUGGCCGUAUUGGGCACAUUCCAAAUGGAAAUGCUUGGAAAGAAUUUCGGUGCUACAGAAACAAUCAGGAUAUGGGUAGUCUUUGGGAAAUCAGACAGGCCUGGUUUAUUAGGAACUGUGCCAAAUAGGCUAGAUCGUGGGUAUCACCCUGGUCAUUUCAUGUAUGUAAAUUAUCGACACCCCCUGUGUCAAUUUUAGGGAUCAAUUUGAAAUAAAACCCAACCUGGGGCUCUCUCUUGUCUAUACUGAUA